ACAAAAACAAGUCUGCACAAUCUGCAAAGUAACACAAAAACGGCAUGGAUUUGCUUUGUAAAAUAAAAUAUUGUUUUGAAAAAUAUUAACAAUUGUAAAAAAAUUACAAAAUAAUAAAAAACUACACAUAAGCAACCAACAACAUGGCGGGCAGAGGAAGAGGUAAAACUGGUUCUCUAACACAGGAACAAUUGCAAACAUUGGGAUGUGUGGGCAAGGAUAUACCACAAGUACAAACGGCACCGCCACCAACCUAUCCACCCUUAAUGUCAAAACCGGUUACACUAGAGACAACAGCUGCCCAAAGUUAUCAGAUAUUGUGGAAAGAGGAUUUUCUCAACCACAUGAGAGACUCACCUUAUUUUCUACAGACGGAAGAAAAAACCAAAAUAAAUAAAUCUAUUUUAAGUUAUGGUCAAAUAAAUGCAAACGACUCGGAAUCGAAUAAGAUGAAAGCAAAAGCAGAAUUUAAUUGGUCUCUAAUGCCUGCCGAAUUGCAAAUGGCUAAUAGAAAACGCCGUGUAGAUUUGAAAGCCAAGGAAUUGAAAAAGACCAAGGCGGCCAAUAUAGAGGAUCGCUUAAAGCAAUUGGAAGAAAAAGAACGUAACGAAAAUGACAAGGAAACCGGUAAUAAGGUCAAUUCCGAUUCUGAACAGGAAAUGGAGGAGAAUGAAGAGAUCGUGGACGAUGAAAUGGAUGAUGAAAAUGAUUAUGGUAAUAGUUAUUUCGAUAAUGGAGAAGCCUACAAUGAAGAGGAUGAUAACCUGGAUGAUGGUCCUGUUUAUUAGAAUAAAGAAAAUAAGAAAAAAGUUAAA